AUGUAUACAAAGAACUCUCUACAAGCGGGGUACACUCGGGAUCAGCUUUUGUUGUCUGCCUUUAAUAUAUGUAUACAACGAACUCUCUACAAGCGGGCUACACUCGGGAUCAGCUUUUGUUGUCUGCCUUACAUGUAUGCAGUGAACUCUUUACAAGCGGGACUACUUCGGGGCAAGCUCUACUUAUCUGCAUUACUGUUACAUGUAAACAGUGAUCUCUCUCUAUUCUGGAUCUUGGGGCCAAUUCUAGCUGUCCGACCACAAUAAGUUCCCUAUAGUCAAUUAACCCAGUCCAUAACUACCUUGUGUCCAUACCCUUUUUCACACUAGCAUUCUUCCACAACUUCUCACAUGCGGACUUACUGAAGUGUACGCUUAUAGGACUUGAAGCACAUUCUGUACUUUCAUAACUCAGUCUUACUCGAACUAUUUUCUUAAACCUAUGACAGGAAACGUACUUGUCGUCACAGCGAUUAAUUUCGAUCCAAAACUCAACACGAUUACCAACAUGUUAAUCCAGAACCUUGCUUUCACCGACAUCUGCAUGGCGUCCCUUCACAUGCCCUUCUGGGUCAUCAGUCUACGCUAUGGACGCUGGGUAUUUAAUCACGUGUUAUGUCAGCUGGUUGGCUUGACGCAGCUAACGUUUGGGAUUACAUCGCUUUUCACUAUGACCGGGAUUGCCUUUAAUCGGUACUUCAACGUUGUGCGGCGCAAUCUGUAUACGAAGUACUUCUCAACCAAGAAGGUCACAUACUUCGUGAUUGCUGCUGCCUGGCUCGGUGCUUUAGCUGUCACCUCCCCGCAGCUCUACGGCUGGGGAAAGAUCGCCUACCACCCACUUUUCGCGGUGUGCACGUGCAUUUGGGACCUACCCGAUGUCUCUUUCAUGGUAUUUCUUUGUGCUGGGACAAUUUUCACCACCGCGAGCGUCAUUUCGUGGUGUUAUUACACCAUCUACAAAACCGUCAAAGCCAGCGCAAAGAGGAUGCAGGGGCAUGCAGCCGAAUGGAGUCACGGAAGAAGCAACGCCGUGGGUGGCAAAAGAGAGAAGACAGAAAGAAAGGUUCUCAAGACUUCGUUUGUGGUGGUCUGUGUUUUCUUAACAUGCUGGACCCCACUCUCGGUGGUAGGCUUCAUUGAGAUUUUUGGAUUCUCCAGUCCACGGUGGGCACAUUUAUUUUCCUACUUCUUCGUCUUUGGUAGCAGCCUUACAAACCCUUUUAUAUACGGAAUAAUGAACCCGCAGUUCCAGCAAGCCUUCAAGAAAUUGCUUCGGUUUAGGGCUAACGAAAUCGAGCCGAUGUCUAGUACUAGUCAAGUCAAAGAAAACGUAACUGGAACAGCAACUACGGAUGUAACCGGCUUGCAAACGAUUGGAGAUGUACCAAGCACCUCCAUUCAGCCGGGUGUGAUUGAUCAGAACCAAAAUCAAGUAAAACAUACUGACGCACCUACGAAGCCCCGAGAGAUCAUGAAGGCGCAAGCGUGGAAGUAA